AUGCUUUUCAAGAACUACCUCAACAUCCUCCCAGCCUACCAGUAUCCUCUUUUGUUGAAGACUUCCACCGAGGCCUCUCGCGUCAUUCCAAUUGACGCAACUUGGUUCAUGCCCAACGACCCACGAAAUGGCUUCAACGAGUUCCAGAAAGAACGAAUUCCCAACUCUGUCUUCUUUGAUCUCGACAAAUAUGUCGAUAAACAAUCCUCUUAUCCUCAUAUGUUGCCACAGAAGGACGUUUUCAUAGAGAGCAUGCUUACCUUGGGUAUUUCUCAAAACGACCAGUUGGUGAUCUACGACAAAGGCAACAACUUUUCCAGCCCAAGAGCUGCCUGGACCUUUGGCUUCUUCAACUACCCCUACAUCUCCAUAUUAGACAACUACAACACCUACAAACAAACCAAACCAUCCUCAGACUUUUUAAUUGACUCUUCUCCUGUUCAAACAGACUCUCCUCUACCUUCUCUCUCAAACGCUCCUCCUUCUCCUGAUGCCAAAACCCAAUCCCCCUUCUCUGUCCUAUCCUAUGAACAACUCGUCAACAUCAUCAAUGAUCCCUCUCUUCGCGAUUCCUACAACAUAAUCGACGCCAGAAGUCUCGGGAGAUUUACUGGCGACGACCCAGAACCAAGACCUGGUCUACCUUCUGGCCAUGUUCCUGGUGCAAUUUCCUUGUCUUUCGACCAAGUACUAAACCAAGACAAAACUUUCAAGUCAAAGGACUCCCUCACCCAGAUUUUCAACAAUCUAUCCGAAAAUUACCACUUCAAUCCUGCAAAUAAGACUAUUGUGAUGUGUGGAACUGGUGUAACUGCUUGCAUCCUCAAAACUGCUCUCGAUAUCUCCAAAGUAUCCCAAAUGGAUAUCUUGCUCUACGAUGGAAGUUGGACUGAAUAUGCUCAAAGAGCUCCUCAAAAUUUAAUUCAAUUUGGUUCUCUGCAAUCAAAAUCAAAAUUAUAA